ACGCCUCCCCCCUACGACCACCCGUCUGCGAGCCUCCUCUCGCUGCAGGCCGGAGUCUUCUCCCCCACGGGGCCCAGCGGUGCGCAGCAGACGAGCGGGCUCUCGGUUCUCUCUCCAGAGCACGAGCACCACCACGGACACCCGGCACCGGCUCCCGGGGAUUCUCCUCGUCUCUGUCCUCCAACCUCCAUCUCCAUUCCCCACCUCGGCCCCAUGACUGCCAGUAGCUCCGCAAGCUCCAACAGCACCGAGGGCUCGUCGGGAUCUCCACCAGGCUCCAGACAGAGCCGUGAGAUGCCAGGUCCCUGCUCAGCGCGGCUCAAGAAACAGAAGAAAGACAGGAAGCCCAGGACUCCCUUCACCAGCACGCAGCUCAUAGCCCUCGAGAGGAAGUUCCGCCAGCAGAAGUACCUCUCGGUGGCAGAAAGAGCAGAGUUUGCCGAGUACCUCAAACUAACUGAGACCCAGGUGAAGAUCUGGUUCCAGAACCGACGGGCGAAAGAGAAGAGACUGCGUGAGGCGGAAGCUGAGCGAGCAGCGAGGAGUCUCGGUCUCCCACUAUCCUAUGCCCACGCUUACUCCCACGAGUUCCUACAGAAUCCGCUGCUGCAGACUUCUUCCCCGAGCAGCAUGGUCCCGCUGCAGCCGUCCAGCAAUCUGGGGUUGUUUCAUCAAGGGCCCCUCAUAGCGUCCCCGCCAGUGCACCACAACCCGCACUACCCCGCGCCAACACCGGUUCUCUUUCACCCCCACCACCAACACCUCAUGAGAUACGACAGCCCCCUGUCAACACCGUCUACCAUGAACCUCGCCAGUCCUCCUCUGCAGCCCCAACCUACACCCUCCCAACAGCAACAGCAACAGACUUCUCAACACAACAUCAUACCCCACACAUCCCACUAGUCUUUAGCACACGACUGCCACUCCAAUCACCUCUCAUUCAUCCCAUCAUAUCGUUAUACACAUAUCAUACCGUAGCAUAGAUUUCAGUCGCCUCUCUGUCGUAUCAGAAAGAUUCAUUCAUCUGCUCCCCUCUCACACUUAUAGCCAAUCCCCCCCUCAUCUCUAACUGGUAUCAUAUCGUAUAACUCCGUGUCUUCACUGUAUCGUAUCAUUUAUUACACUGUCAGUUUGGGAGCACUCCAAGGGUCCCAUUAAAUCAUUCCUCACUAUAAUAUAGAU